AUGAGCGGGUACGGUAACGCCGAGGAAUUCUCCGAAGGAGCCAAAAUUAACGCCAGCAAAAACCAGCAAGAUGAUGGGAAAAUGUUUAUUGGAGGGCUCAGUUGGGACACAAGCAAAAAAGAUCUCACAGAAUACCUGUCAAGAUUUGGUGAAGUGGUUGACUGCACAAUAAAAACAGAUCCAGUCACUGGACGAUCAAGAGGUUUUGGCUUCGUCCUAUUUAAGGAUGCAAUAAGUGUAGACAAAGUACUUGAGACGAAGGAACACAAACUUGAUGGGAAACUUAUUGAUCCCAAAAGAGCAAAGGCAUUGAAAGGCAAGGAGCCUCCCAAGAAAGUCUUUGUUGGUGGCUUAAGCCCUGAUACCACAGAGGAACAGAUCAAGGACUACUUUGGUGGAUUUGGUGAAAUUGAGAACAUUGAACUUCCCAUGGACACAAAGACAAAUGAAAGGAGAGGGUUCUGUUUCAUCACAUACACAGAUGAGGAACCAGUAAAGAAGUUGUUGGAAAACAGAUAUCACCAAAUUGGCUCAGGAAAGUGUGAGAUCAAAGUUGCACAGCCUAAAGAAGUCUACAGACAACAGCAACAGCAGCAACAACAAAAGGGAGGAAGAGGUGCAUCGACAGGACGAGGUGGUGGAAGAGGGAGAGGAAGAGGUCAAGGUCAGAACUGGAAUCAAGGUUACAAUAACUACUACGAUCAAGGAUAUGGAGGCUAUGGAAACAACUCUUACGAUUCGUACAACAGUUACGGUGGAUAUGACUAUUCAAACUACAACUAUGGAAGCUAUGGUGGAUACAACCAAGGUUACACAGAUUACAGUGGCCAGCAGAGCACAUAUGGCAAGGCAUCUAGGGGAGGUGGAAGUCACCAAAAUAACUAUCAGCCUUAUUAA